AUGGCCGCCCAGGGAGAGCGGCAGGUCCAGUUCAAGCUCAUCCUGGCGGGCAACGGCGGCACAGGGAAGACGACGUUCGUGAAGCGCCAUUUAACGGGCGAGUUUGAGAAGAAUUACGUAGCCACCCUGGGCGCCGAGGUGCACCCGCUCACCUUCCACACCAGCAGAGGACCCAUCAAGUUCGACGUGUGGGACACAGCCGGCCAGGAGAAGUUCGGGGGUCUGCGCGAUGGCUACUACAUCCAAGCCCAGGGCGCCAUUAUAAUGUUUGACCUAACAUCCAGAGUUUCUUACCAGAACGUUCCUAACUGGUAUAAAGAUCUGGUCCGCGUGUGUGAACACAUCCCCACCGUUUUGUGUGGCAACAAAGUGGAUGUUAAAGACAGGGAAGUGAAGGCAAAAUCUAUUGUCUUCCACCGAAAGAAGAAUCUUCAGUACUAUGAUAUUUCUGCUAAAAGGAACCACAACAUUGAAAAGCCUUUCCUCUGGCUUGCCAGAAAGCUCAUCGGAGAUCCUAGCGUGGAGUUGGUGGCCAUGCCCGCCCUUGCCCCGCCUGAGGUGGUCAUGGACCCCGCUUUGGCAGCCCAGUACGAGCACGAUCUAGAGGUUGCUCAGAUGACUCCUCUCCCGGAUGAGGAUGGUGACCUGUGAGAAAGUGAA